GACCCACUCAGGGUCUUGGGACUGAUUUAUCCCAAGAGCCCAAGGUACUUGAUUACUGUCCACGUUGAAGUCACCUGCAGUUCCAGAUCCACAGUGACAGACCACCUGCUGCCUGCUACUGCUGGACCAGGUGCACCUGGGUCUACAGACACAGAGACCUCUAAAAUUAGAGCCUUCCGGAUCCAUCUUUUCUCGUAGAGUUUGCUUUCAACUUUAAGGUGUUCCAAAACGAACCGGAGGACAAGGAGGCUUACAAGAGGAGAACUGCUUGGCACAAAGCUGAAACAGAAAUUGACAUCGAGAAAAGGAUUCUGCAAUGAACAAGCCUCAAAUGUGGGAUCGGUUGAGAAGAGAUGUUCAUCCCAGCGCAGCAAGGAAGCAGAUGGACCACAUGUCUCCUAGGCUGAGAGCCUUCCUCUCUGAACCCAUUGGGGAGAAGGAUGUGGCCUGGGUGGACGGAGUCAGUCGGGAGCUUGCCAUCAAUUUGGUCACCAAAGGUUUCAACAAGGCCUACAUCCUGCUGGGACAGUUCCUUCUGAUGCACAAGAAUGAGGCAGAAUUCCAGAGGUGGAUGAUCUGCUGUUGUGGUGCCACGGAGUACGAAGCCCGCCAGAGCUCCACCUGCCUGAAGGAGUGGUGUGCCUGCUUCCUGUAAACACCCUGGGCUGGCUGCUCUACCCCAGAUAAAUGAUACCAUCACCAUCUA